AUGCAACUCAUCAUCAUGCCAUGCGAUGACAGAUACAACAGCCUCAACUCUACUCAGCACCUGGUCUAUAAUCAAAAUCGUCGUUGCCCCUUCUGUUGGUCUUUCCCAAUCUCAGAAGAAGCUCUGGCCAAAGCACGUAGAAUCUCUCAAACAAAAUUGUCUGGCGAGAAGUGCUUUGACUUCGUUGCUCACUGGGAUAGACUUCGCGAUUCAGAUGAAGGAAAAUAUCUUUUAGAGACGGAGUUUACAACAAUUCUCGACCCAUAUCAUGCGAAAGCUAUGGAGGGGUUUCUUGCGAUGGCGGAAGCGGAUUUUAUUGUCAGAUUUCACGACUCUACCUUCAAGACACCGGAUGAGUUCGAGAUGAAACUGGCAUUCAAGAUGUUUUUUUUCUGUCUCAAAGAGCGAAUCGAUGAGAUGGAGCUUAGACAGCCGAGCGCAAGGGAGGAAAGAGCUGAGUUGAUCGUUGAAAUGGGAAUUGCUCGAGCAGCACUAAAUUUGAAGCAUGGAGAAAGCACCGAAUACCCGUGUUGCUUCAACGAAUACUGCUCUCCGACAGAGGAUCCUCCACGAUACCAACCCGUUGUUCCCGAUGACAAUCUACGCGAGGAGAGUUUGGAGGGACAUGCCCUGAAGGAACAGCCCUGUUUGACACCUUGCAACCAUCUUAUAGGAAGUCGAUGUCUUAGAGAGUGGUUGAUGAAAAAUGUUGUGUUAAGGAACGACUGA